GUGACUUGUCUCGACGCCCGCCCCAUGACGUUAUCAAUCAAUUGCUUACGGAUGGACACACGGAAGACAUGAUGAUUUGGUACCACAUGGCGCUGUCUCUGGUUCUAUCUCUUUAUCUCAUCUUUAGCGUCUACUCAAAGAACGGAAGAUGAACAUGGAAGUUACACAACUGGAACCGUACAUACUUAAAGGCUCGAUCAAGGUCAUCGACAGGUUCUUUUCUGUGCCCUUGGAUUACGCCAAACCGGAUGGUCAGCUCAUCCGAAUAUUUGUGCGCAACCUUAUUCCUGUGGGUGAAGCCAAAGGAUCUAGCGUAGAGUCAGAUCUGCCUUAUCUCUUAUAUCUGCAAGGUGGCCCAGGGUUCGGAGUCGACCUAUCUCUCAGCGUGGACUUGGGAAAUGCGCUUCAUCAGAAAGGAUAUCAGACCCUUUGGCUUGAUCCUCGUGGGACCGGUCUCAGCACGCCAAUAACAGCGGACAUAUUUCAAGCUACGCAAAUGGACGAUAAGGACAUUGCUCAAUAUUUCAAACACUUUCGUGCGGACAACAUCGUCAGGGACUGUGAGACCAUUCGGCACUUUCUCCUCGACGGCAAGAAGGAUCCCGAAGCACGCAAAUGGUCGAUCUUAGGGCAAAGUUUCGGAGGUUUCUGUGCCGCUACCUACCUUUCCUUCCACAAUGAUAGCUUGAAAGAGGUAUUCACCACUGGUGGUAUCCCACCCAUGGUCGACUCUCCUGACGCAGUUUACGAAGCUCUCGUUUUAAAGGUGGAACAACGAAACAAGGUUUACUAUGAAAAGUAUCCCCAAGAUGUUCGAAAUGUUCGUCGGAUCUUAGAUUUCCUAGAACGCAACAAUGUCGUUCUUCCGAACGGCGGGAAUCUGUCGGUUUCGCGAUGGCUACAACUCGGGAUGCAGUUUGGAUCGCAUGGUGGCAUUGAUCGGGUUCACCAGCUCGUGUUCCGAGCGAUCACGGACUUGGACUCUCUUGGGAGGCUCUCAUACGGACUUCUUGACAGUGUACAAGGAACGCAAAGCUUUGACACCAACCCUAUCUAUGCAGUACUUCAUGAGCCUAUUUAUUGUCAAGGGCGCACGGCGAGCUGGUCUGCACACCGCAUCAUCCAGAAGAACGAUAAAUUUGUUUGGGGAAAGGUGAAGCAUAUGUCUGAUGAUGUCCCUAUUUACUUCACGGGGGAGAUGAUAUUCCCUGACAUGUUCGAAGAUUAUCAUCAUCUGCGUCCUCUACGAGGCGCGGCUGAACUCCUGGCUAACGACGAAGAUUGGCCCAUGUUGUAUGACUUAGAAACCCUGAAAAAGAACAAAGUCAAGGUAAACGCAGCAACAUAUUAUGAUGACAUGUAUGUCGAUUUUGGUCUUGUGCAGCAAACAGCGUCUGUCAUCGGCAACGUGGAACAACUCAUCACUAAUCAGAGUUUCCACGACGGCAUUCGCAAGAACAUGGACAGCAUUCUGGAAACUCUUUUCAAGCUGUCUAAACGAGAGCGCGACUGAUUAGACGAACGUUGUGGUGGUCAGCUCUCUUGUGCAUAAUGUAGCCUUUUCAGUUUUAGGCGCGACAUUCGUUACAGGAUUGACCAAGGAUUCAAACGUUAUCUACAGUCUUUCCACAAUAUCAAUGCAAAAGCCUUUUGACUGCGGUUCUGUACUGUUUAUCAGAGAAAUGAAUAGAUAUCAGUCAGGUCGUGAAGGGGCUCGAACACUUCAUGCUCGU